GCUGGUCAGCCAGCACUGACGCUCAGCUUCACCUUCCCAAGCUUAAGUCUUCCCCAGUCCACUCCAUCUCCAACCCCCACGAACUCCAUAGAUUAAUACCUAAUGCCAAGCUCGCUUUCAAUUCUUAAAUCCAUUUCCGACCCCAUUUACAUCUGAGCACGCGCCGCGCUCAAGAACUUGCCAAGAAACGAUCAGUAAUUCGCCAAGGCCCAAGAGACCAUGCUGGACCUGGACGAGGACGCCGCCAUGGACGCGGACCACCUCGUCGGCGAGGAGCCGGGGUUGCCGUCGCAGCAGCGGGCCUGGGCGGCCGCCGUGAUGGAGCCGGUGCGGUGGGUGCGGAUGCUGUGCCGGGAGCUGGGCGCGACGUUCGUGGCCGGGGUGGUGCUGGUGUACGGCCUCAGCCAGGGCUUCGCCGGCUCCUUCUUCCGGGUGGCGUCGGACUACUAUUGGAAGGACGUGCAGCAGGUGCAGCCGGCCACCGUGCAGUUCCUCUCCGUCUUCUUCUACGUGCCGUGGGUGCUCAAGCCGCUCUGGGGGGUCAUGACCGACGUCUUCCCCGUCCACGGGUACCGCCGCCGCCCGUACUUCCUCUUCUCAGGAAUACUUGGAACAGUCUCAGCUACUAUUGUUGCAAUGGCUACCGGACUCCCAGUGAGUUCUGCUGUGCUUUGCUUGGUGGGAAUCUCAACAGCAGUCGCCAUUGCCGAUGUAACGAUAGAUGCUUGCAUCGCAAAGAACAGUAUUGAUAAGCCGGCAUUGGCUCCAGACAUGCAGAGUCUUUGUGCAUUCUCAUCAUCUCUAGGUGCACUUAUUGGGUAUGCCACAAGUGGCAUGUUUGUCCACCAUCUUGGGGCACAGGGUGCAUUAGGUGUGAUGGCUAUACCUCCAGCCACAGUGGUUUUCCUUGGAUUUUUUAUAUAUGAGAUGAAAACGUAUCAACAUAGUGUUAAAGAGAAGGUUUUAAACAAGGUUAGUGGGGCAGUGAAGGGAAUGGUUCGGACUAUAAAGUAUCCAGUAGUGUGGAAACCAUCUCUUUACAUGUUCCUAUCUCUGGCUCUGAGUAUCAGCACCCAUGAGGGGCAGUUCUACUGGUACACUAACAAGACACCACCAAAUCCUGGAUUUUCACAGGAGUUCGUAGGGCUGGUCCACGCCAUCGGCGCGGUGGCGUCCAUGGUGGGCGUGUUCAUCUACCACAAGUGGCUCAAGGACUACCCGUUCCGGAGCAUCCUCUUCUACGCCCAGCUGCUCUACGGCGUCUCCGGGCUCCUGGACCUCACCUUCGUGCUCCGCUGGAACCUGGCGCUCGGCGUGCCCGACGCCUCCUUCGUGACCCUGGAGGAGUGUGUCUCCCGCGUGGUGGGCCGUGUCCGGCUGAUGCCGAUGAUGGUGCUGAGCACCAAGCUGUGCCCGCCCGGCGUGGAGGGCACCUUCUUCGCGCUGCUCAUGUGCAUCGACAGCCUCGGCAUGCUGGCGGCCAAGGCCGGCGGCGCCACCGUGCUACGCGCGCUGCACGUGACCAGGACCGACUUCGGCCACCUCUGGCUCGCCGUGCUGCUCAGGAACGUGCUCAGGCUCGCCACGCUGGGGGCCAUCUUCCUCGUGCCCACGGCUGACCAGACCGACGUGCUCGUGCCGCGCGAGCUCGUGGCGAGCUCGCCGGCGGCCGUGGCCGAUGACGAGGAGGAGAGGCUCCAGCUCGCGAUGCUCACUUCCCACACUGACGAGGUAUGACAUAUGAAUAUAUGAUCCACCUUGUUGUGUACAAAAGUAAAUGAAACGGGAUCAAUGGACCAGGGUCAUGGCUAGUGUCACAUCACAUUCUGUCAUCCUAGUAGAUCUCAAACUGCGACACUUGGAGCAGAGGCACGGUGGACUUUCUCUUCCUAGUCGAGCUUACAACAUCUCCUUAGAAUAGAACAAUCGUUCAAAAAUCAAAAUAUUGCUAAGAUCUUGGACCUCUCACUCUUAUAAAAAAUAGU